AUGGCCUUGAAAUCAGGGGCCGCUUUAUGCUCCCGCUUGAGGCUCACGCCACCAAACCCAAGAUUGUUCAGCAGUAGCUGCACAACCAGGAACUCAGUUCCAACCAACGCAUUGCCAUCCGCAAGGCCUGCCCGCACUGUUGCGCAGUUCCUCGAAUGGAAGCCCGAAGCCGAAGCUACUAAUGUCGUAGUCAAUGGCUAUGUCCGCUCUGCAAGGACUAUGAAAGCUGAUGUGUUUGUCCACAUCGGCGAUGGCUCUACUCGGAAGCCUCUCCAAGCACUGACUUAUCCCAUCCAGAAGAAAUACCAGACCCCCGAAUACCUUCGCACGAUUCCUCACUUACGCUCCCGAAUCCCUCUGAAUGCCGCCAUUCUUCGCCUGCGGUCAGAUGCUGUAAACGCCUUGACUCGGUUUUUUUCCUCCCGCGAUUUCACACAGACGCACCCGCCCAUUGUGACGUCUUCAGACUGUGAGGGUGGCGGCGAGGUCUUCAAUGUUUCCGUGCAGACCCGGGAAUCGAUGGCCGACGAUACUCCAGAGAAGAAGAGGGGCACAAAGAAUACAACUGACACAUUCUUUCGUGGACCCAGGUACUUGACCGUCUCGACACAGUUGCAUCUUGAAGCCCUCGCCCAGUCCGUCGGCAAUGUCUGGACACUAUCGCCUACUUUUCGAGCCGAGCGAAGUGACACUUCGAGACAUAUGAGCGAGUUCUACAUGCUAGAGGCUGAGAUGCCCUUCGUUGACGAGAUGGAUGAUGUCCUGGAGCUAGUGGAGGACAUGCUACGCGAGGUGACGACCGAUAUGUAUCGAGAUCGUGCUGCCACCGAGCUACGAGAGAGGCGGGUGUCUAGUAAUGCAUCGCGGACCGCGGAAGAUGACCUAGUGUCUGCUGAUGAAGUUGAGCGCCGUUGGGCCGGCAUGAUGCACAGGUCGCCUGCCAGAUGGCCUCGCAUCCGGUAUGGCGACGCAAUUACUCUCCUCCAAGCCGAAGAGCACCGUUUUGAGCACAAGCCGACAUGGGAGGAUGGUCUGCACUCAGAACAUGAAAAGUACCUCGCGACAACCCUGGGCUCAACAGGCGAAAACGGCAUGUACCAGCCCGUCUUUGUCACUCAUUAUCCCCGGGACAUAAAGGCUUUCUACAUGCGGCCCACAGCGACAUCGGCCCAGACCGCUGGUACGAAGGAUGAUCCCUACAGCGGAGCAAACGAGCGCGGUGCGACCGUAGACUGUUUCGACCUGCUCGUUCCUGACCUCUGUGAGAUUGCUGGCGGCUCCAUGCGUGAGCAUCGCCUGGCUGAUCUCCAGGAGGCUAUGCAAGCUCGGGGAAUGGUCAGUUCUUCCGGGACACCCGGAUUCAAUGGCCUCGAUUGGUAUCUUGACCUUCGACGCUGGGGGUCCUGCCCACACGGCGGCUUCGGCCUGGGCUUUGACAGGUUGCUAAGCUAUCUCGCCGGCGUGCCAAACAUACGGGACGUUGUGGCCUUUCCCCGUUGGCAUGGGCGGUGUGACUGCUAA